UUGCAAUAGCCCAGCUUUCGCCCUACACAUUUGCGGCUUCCGUGGACACAUUAGCAACCAACGCUUUUAGAUCCCAGUCGCCUAGCUUUGCCAAGGCGGUCAGAGGUCAUUUGGAGAGUGUUUUGCCUCGAAUGGUUCUCAUUCAGAAGGCCAUCUCAUUCCUUCUGUGGUGCUUUGGAAAUUCGCGCCCUCCUCUGGUCCCGGUUCAGGUGCACAGAAACGUCUGGGGGAGGACGCAGGUGCUCAAGAGAGGUGGGGCGGUGAAGGCGCCCGAGUGGUGAACCCAAAGAUCGAACCUGCAGACCCAGCGCAAAGUAGAAACUGAAAGUACAUUGCCGGCUGAUCCUACGGAAGUUAUGGGAAAGGCAAAGCGCAGAGCCUGGCCGUGGUGUGUGCCGCCCCCCUUGGGAUGGAUGAAGCAGCAGGCGCGGCGUGGGUGAAAGGAACCAGCCGCAGAGACCGCCCUACCCCGCACGCGCUCCCAGCAACUCCGCGGAAGACCAGGGGCCUGGCAGCGACUAUGGGCGGUGAGAGCUUGCUCCUGCUGCAGUUGCGGUCAUCAUGACCACGCCCGCCUCCCGCAGACCAUGUUCCAUGUUUCUUUUAGGUAUAUCUUUGGAAUUCCUCCCCUGAUCCUUGUUCUGUUGCCAGUAGCAUCAUCUGAUUGUGAUAUUGAAGGUAAAGACGGAAGAGAAUAUCAGCACAUUCUAAUGAUCAGCAUCAAUUACUUGGACACCAUGAUAAAAAAUCGUACCAAUUGCCCGAAUAAUGAACCUAACGUUUUUAAAAAACAUGCAUGUGAUGAUAAUAAGGAAGCUGUGUUUUUAUAUCGUGCUGCUCACAAGUUGAAGCACUUUGUCAAAGUGAAUAACAGUGAGGAAUUCAAUCUCCACUUAUCAAGAGUUUCACAGGGCAUGUUACAGUUGUUGAACUGUACUCCCAAGGAAGACAGCAAAUCUUUAAAGGAACAGAGAAAACAGAAGAGCUUGUGUUUCCUAGGGAUACUACUACAAAAGAUAAAAACUUGUUGGAAUAAAAUUUUGAGGGGCUCUAAAGAACAUUGAAAAAUAUGGAGUGGCAAUAUAAAGACAUAUGACUUUAGUUGUAUCUUCCAAGAAUCUAUUUGCUCAUACAGUUUUUGGGGGUAGAAUACCCUAGAAGUGACAGAAUGCCUCCUGGUAAAAGCGGAUUACAGCAGCUGAGAAAUUCAUACAAUAGAACUAGAACUAGAUGGACGCAGACAGUGGAAACCAAAUGCUGCAAUCAACAAACUAUUUUAUAUGUUUUUGGACAUAAUCAAUCAGUAUUAAUUCUGUGAUUUUUGUAAGAUAAUCCAUGUAAACUAUUAGUUGCAAUAAUACUUUUUAAACCUGUUUUACAAUUUCAGAAGAAGAGAUAAAAUCUGUGAAGUAUAUAAAGGUUGCAAGGAUUAAAAAAUAACAUUGCUUUAUUAUCAAAUUAAUUUUAUGCAUCAGCAUACUACAAUGAGAGUGGAAAUUGGUGUCUCUGUGCUGAAAAUGUUUCAGAAUUAACAGUGAGAUGUGGGUAACGUCCAUGAGAGGAGGAGUCAUAUACCUUAAAGCAGCAGCAGUAUGAAGGAGUACAAGAGAUUUAAGAGAGAGAUUAAGACAUGUAAUCAUACAUGAAUGUAUAACACAGUGCCUUCACUAGAUGGUAUAGCAAAUGUUUUAAGAUGACCAUAAAGGAUAGUUUCACAAAAUAGAAACUCACCUGUUCUAAGGAUGCUAAACCAUAAUACUGAGUUAUUUUGGUCAUUUAUAUGUAAUAAAAUUUGUCUAAAUGAGUUUGCAAUUUGGGAAGUAUAUUUUUAACAGAAUAAUAUAUGUUGACCUUUUAAUUAAUGAAAUGUGUAUAUUUAAUUUUGACACUGUAUCUUAUUAUAUACAAAUAUUUUCAUACAGUAUUACAAACGUUGCUUAGUUUGGAUAACAUUCUCCUUUGAUAAUAAAUGGUCUAUGUAAUAACACUGUCAGAUUCACUUAAUGCCUUUUAAAACAAGAUUUUAAUACUGUACCACUAUUUGAUCUCUCACUGUCAUUGAAUAUGUGACUUUUAAUACCUUAUUACUCAGAAUGUGCAUGAAACCAGGACCCAAAACUAUAUAAGAACAGGAACUUUGCUUUCUAUGUUAAAUUUUAGUCUUUUAAAAGAAGCUUUUGUAUAUUACCACAUCCAGUUUAGAGAAGUCUGCCAAUAGUCUUUGCUUACUUAUAAAGGGAAAUGAAAAACCUAUUCUAGCCAGGCCAGAGUCCUUCAACAGCCACCACUUUGCUUAACUCACAGCCUUACUGCUCUUUUAUGCUUUCAUUACCACCUGGUAAAGUGCUGACCGGCUUUGAGCUUCAGAUGAGGCUCUGGUGCCAGUGUGUGGUGGUAAGACUUUCCUCUCGGUUCAGGUUUGUGUCCCUGCCUCUCUUUCUCCCUCUCCCUAAAUCCUAUGGCGUUUCACCCUCACUGGUGCAGGUAGCUGUGUAGAAUUGUACAGACAGUUGUACAGAAUUCACUGACUGCUCCAUUAAUAGUGCUUUGAAUCAAUUAUGUUUUUUGUUUGGUUUUCAUUAUUAACUCUAGAAAAGGGAGCUCACACUUUCAGGAGCAAAUGAUUCUUCACCAAGCUCUUUCUUCAGAUGGACUUUUCCAAGUAAGCUAUGCUUCCUUCCACCAUAAAACAUGGUCAACUGUGUGGUACACCUUCACUCUGAUGAACUGGUAUUGUCGGUAAACCAUCAGCUGUAGAAAUGAGGGAAUUUUAAGUUUCUAAGGCAAGCUCUUCAAACUGUCCUUGAAAGUGUUCCUUGAAGCCUGUCUCAAACAUCCCUAACAAGUGUUGAAAAUGAUUCUGAGAUUAUGGCAAAAUAAAGAACAAUAUUUUUAAAUGCUUGCAAUAAGUUAUUAAAAUUUUCUUCCUUGAUUUUCGUUUGUUUAUGAUAUGUUUGAAUUUUAGAGAAAAUUCACACUCAAAACAGUAUUCAGCCUAUACUGUGUACCAAAUGCUUGAAAAAAAAAUACCCAGGCAUUUAUGGUUGUAUUUACCUUCGUUGUUUCCUACCCACUAGGAAGGUAAGUGGAGACAAGGCAGGCUAGUUAAUAACGAACUUGGAUAUUAUAUUUUUAUAUUUUUACUCUCCAAUUAGAGACUUGUUUUAUCCCAAUGAACAUUUUCUUUCCAGUAUGUACAUUUACAAUACUUUAAAGCAGUAUUUUCUAAAGUUUGUCCCAAGUAAUCCUAAUCCUCAUCAAUGCUACAGAAAAAGAUGAUGACGGCACAGAAGAUGAAGAAAGAUGAGGAGGAGGAGGAGGAGAAAUAUAAAAAGAAAAAUAAAAAGAGGGAGGAUUCUGAGUUCUGGAGUCAGAUAAAUUUUCUUUCAGAGAUUUACAAUUUAUACAAGUAUAUUAAAGGAUGUAUAAACACAUACAGCUUUAAAAAAAAAGCUUAACACUAAAAAUCAUUUCCAAAAUUUGACUAGAGAGCACUACUUUUAUGUAAAAUCCAUUACCUAAAUGCACUUUGGGGAAUAUUGCAUUAUAUAAAGGGUCUCAAUUAAAAGUCUUUUAGAAUAGGCUCCCAAGGAAUCCGUUGAAGGAAAUACUCCUUCCAGGAUUAAGACAGUUCUCUUAAAACUACAGAUCCUGCUCAAACUUCAAGGGGCAUCUCAAUUCAUUUCUCCUCAAUUGCUAUGGCUUCCAUGAUGAUUCUAGAUAAUGUUAAUAUUUCUUCCUUUCGUUGCCCAGCACUUAAUUUCCGGUAUCAGGCAUUAUUAUUUGAUCAGAUUCAUCUUAAUAUUUUAUCUUAAAUACAACUUAUUAUUUAUAUAAUUUGUUUUCUAUCCACAUUGGUUUAAAAUGUUUUCUCCUGAAAAAGCAUAUGAUCUUCUGCGUUCCUUUAAGUUUCUAAUGGGAAAAGCUAGGUAUAUGGUGGUUAAUACAUAAAGACAAAUCGCAUUAAACCAGUGUACCAAUAAAAAUCUAAUUAUCAAAAAAAUACUUUACUGCAAUAAAAUACAACUUACUUAAAGGUAGAUAUGCUAGGAGCAUAGAACAUAAUUAAUUUAAACCAAUAGGACUCCACAGCUUUGUGUUCUCAACAUCUCCAUGGAAUUUUCAUUUCUAAACUUUGUUGUGAAACAGCUUUCAGUCUUGAUUCUGAGCAAAUAAUAGAAUCUGUGGAGAUAUUAUAGGACAAAAAAAAAUACAAUAGGUAGGUACAUUGAUAAUCACCAAUUCCAACAGUUUUUUAUGUCUCAGUACCUAAAUAUAUGUAUGUACCUAGAUUCACCAAGUAUUUAGUAUUUGAGAAAGACGCAAAAUGGUUACUUUGGUUUGGAAUAACCUGGGGUUUAUUUUCAUUUAUUUGUUUUACAUCCUCUUCUACACAACGGUAAGAAAAAACUGGUUUUCUGUAGAAAACAAGUUUUCUAAGUAGGGGGGAGGUUAGAUACACUUUAAGAUCUUAUUAUCAAAGUGAAUCAAUUUUCUAUCUGUAUCUUACAUGGGGAAUAUUGUGGAAACAUUUACAAUUUAGGGCUCACUGCUCCUGUUUUUCUUUCUUUAAAACACAGACUAAGGGUCCCAUCCUUUCCACACUUCCCAGGUGGGAUUGAUGAUUUUUUCGUUUGUGCCACCACUAAGGUCAACAAAUAACUCAAUAAUCUACCAGGUGCCACCAUGUGAGAGAUGGGCAUGUGCUUGGCAAUUUCUACCUUUGAUGCUUAUCACAAAUUUUAUGUUUGAAAAUAAUCUGAAUCAAAUGGGAACAUUUUACCUAAGAAUUUAAUUGGACAAGAACUCUUAUAAAUUGUUCGGGAAAUGGUCCAAAUCCUAUCAAAUGAAAGGCAGUUGAUUUGAAGAACAUCUCAUCAGGUGAAGUAAAAGCUUUCUAGGAGAAAUCAGAAAGAUCUGACAGGAAAGUAUAAAAUCACAGAUAUCUAUCUACCUUAUCAUCUCCUUACCCAGCAUUCCCAGCAGAAAGGAAAGGAUUUGUCUUUAGCUGUGAAAAAGUUUAAAUAUGUAGACAAAUACAUCUUUAUACUUAAGAAAGAGGAGUUACUUUCAUCAAGGUUAAGUUAAAUACUAUGGUUGGGACUUAUAUCUUCACAGCCCAGUGGGUUUAAAGAAGCCCCAUCCUUUGAAUACCACUUAACAGGAAGAUGCAACACAGAUACAGAUAAUUCACUCAACAAAUAUUUAUUAAGUAUCCAUCUCUAAUGUGACAGUUCUGGACCUAGAGGUACAAGAAAGCCCCUGCCUUCAGGGAGCAUAUAUUCCAAAAAAGGCAACACUCAACAAAUGAGCAAAAUUAUUACAGAAAACAAACUCUCUGGAAAACAAAGAAAGAAAAAAAAAAUUGAUCAACAGAGGAGGUAUUUUAGGUAAGAUGAUUAAAGACCCCUUUGAAGACAUUUGAAAGUAUGUUAUUGGUCUCAAAAAUGUCAACAUAUAUCACUGGCAAUAUAAAUUUCUUUGAUUCAAGUAAUUUGCAAAAAAUCAAAACAAUACUUCAGCUAUAGUACAUAGUACACUGUAAUAGAAAUAAAUUAUGAAAAUAUCGAUUGUUGACUCUGAAGCUGUAUGUUGCCCUCAAGUAUAAGCUUUAUUUAUAUAUUUUGAAAUAAUUUCAGAUAUAUAGGAGUUGCAAAGAUAGUACAGAGUGUUCCUGUAUACCUUUCACCAAGUUUCCUCUAACGCUAACAUCUUACAUAAGCAUGGUACAUUUAUCCAAACCAAGAAAUUAGCAUUCUUUGUUGUGGGGGUGGGUGUGUGGUGCAUGGCUGAAUGAUUGGCAGCAUCCCUAGUCACUACCAGAGAAAUUGAGGUUACGAGAGGGGAGGGAUGGGGGAAAUGGGUAAAAUAGGUGAUGGGGAUUAAGGAGUGCACUUGUCAGUGAUGAGCACUGUGUGAUGUAUGUAUGGAUAGAUUGUUGAAUCACUAUAUUGUACACCUGAAACUAAUAUAACAGGGUAUGUUAACUAACUGGAAUUAAAAACUUAGGAGCGCUUGGGUGGCUCAGUUUGUUAAGCAUCUGACUCUUGAUUUCAGCUUAGGUCAUGAUCUUGUGGUUUGUGAGAUCAAGCCCUGUGUUGGCUGCAUGCUGAGGGUACAGAGCCUGCUUGGGGUUCUCUUCCUCUCUCCCUUUCUGCCCCUCUCCACUCUUUCUCUCUCUCUCCCUCUCAAAAUAAACAUUUAAAAAGAAAAAACAAAACAAAAAAUAAAAUAAGUAGAUGUCACUCACCUAUAUUAAAUAUCGUUGUUAGGCUAGAUGAUUAAAACAAAUUCUUAUCUUAAAAAAGAUUGUAACUCUUGUACAACUAAAAUGAAAUAUUAAAGUAAUAGCAUAAAGAGUAUCUGGUAAUGUUUGAGUAAUAGGUUUGAGAUGCAUAAAUUGUUAACAAAAUGUGAGGGUUAAAUAUUAAACAUUCCUAUUAAUUACUACCACAAUGGUGCCUAAAAUGAGCUAGAUUAAGGUUCUUAAAAAUCAGCAUAUGGGGGCGCCUGGGUGGCUCAGUGGGUUGGGUGGCCGACUACAGCUCAGGUCAUGAUCUCACGGUCUGAGAGUUCGAGCCCCGCACGGGGCUUUGUGCUGACAGCUCAGAGCCUGGAGCCUGCUUCCGAUUCUGUGUCUCCCUCUCUCUCUGCCCCUUCCCUGCUUGCUGUCUCUCACUCUCUCAAAAAUAAUAAACAUUAAAAAAAACCAGCUUACGAAUUAUUAAAGUCACAACAAAAUGAAGAAUCAAAACUAUCUUUUAUAAACCUCCAUAAUGUCAUGAGAUAGAUAUAGAUAUAUCUAUGUUGCGGAGAGGCCUUUAAAAUAAAAUUGGAAGCUAGUAAUAUUAAAUUAUCUAAAAGCACCCUCUAGUGGCAAAAAAAGCAAUCCACGUAUAAGCCAAGCAAACUUCCAUAUAAUGAGUAUUCUGAUAGUAGUAAUUAACUAAAAAACUUCUGAACUUCUGAAAAUAAGUGUGGCUAUCAUUAACUUGGUUUUAAUGAUUUUCUACUGCUCAAUUCAGUAACACAGUUGGAAAAAUUAUCUUAGUACUAAAAAUAUAUCCACCACAUAAAAUACAUAUACCUACAAUGCAAAUAUAUUGCAUUGAGUACAAAUCAAACAUGUUUAAUUUAAUUAUAGUAAAAAAUUUUUUUAUAUUUAUUCAUUUCCUGAGAGAGAGACAGAGUGCAAGCAGAGGAGGGACUGAGAGAGGGAGAUAAUCCAAAGCAGACUCCAGGCUCUGAGCUGUCAGCACAGAGCCCAAUGCAGGGCUUAAACUCACAAACCGCCAGAUCACGCCUGAGCAGAAGUGGGAUGCUUAAUUGACUGAGCCACCCAGGUGCCCCUAAUUUGAUUAUAUUUUUACUAGAGACAGCUCCUGUUUAAAAUUUUAAAUAUGAUAGUCUAAAAUUACUAAGUAUUGAUGACAAACCAAUACUUUUUGCCAUUAACUGUAACAUUACCUAAUUCGAAAUAUACACGCAACGUUUUCUAUCAAUCUUAAGUUCACUAAUGUUUUCAACUGCUAUAUUUUACUGGCCAUGAAGAGAAUUUACUAUGCAUUAGAAAUCUUGUAAUGAAACAUUUAGAACACUUUGAAGUCAGAAAACACUGCAAUUCAGUAAAGUAAUAGCAAUUUUUUUAAAAGCUGAUGGCACAAAAAAAUGGCCAAUUAAAAGCUACUUUCUGCCAUUUAAAAAAAUUUGUAUUUAGACUUUGAAUAUUUUCUUCAUAUUUCAGUGUGCUCUUAUCUUUCUACCUAUGUCUGGGUAAAAGCUAAGACAUUAAUAAAGACCGACUGGAAUUUUUUUUUUUUUUUGCUUCAUCUUUAUUGAAUAGGUUCAAAAAUGAAGACAAUAUUUAUAAUAAAAAACUGUGAACAAGAGACAACAGCAACCAUAAUAAUUUUACUUUUUCAAGCUAAUGACUUUCAGAAUAAUAUAUAAGCAAUUUUUACAUUUUAAAUUUAAGCUUAUAAUCAUUUUUUAUUCUACCACACUGGCAAAUACUUGUGAAAAUAAAUAAAAAUAAACUAAAUGAUCUAGGAAAAUUUCUCAUAAACUGAACUAUUGCACAACAAAUCAAUGUGAGAAUAAUAUAUGUAAGUAAUAUAAAAAUGCAUUUAAACACAUUGUCACAACAUGUUUCAUAAUUCAUAAGUAUACUUCACCAACUUACUAUUUAUAAUAAUCUCUGGGUUCUAGAAUUGGAUGAUUUUUUUUUACCAACUAAUUUUCCAUGUAGUACAUUGUAACAUUUACUUGCUACUGCAAAAUUCUGUGAGAAACAAACACGUGCCACUUCUGUUUAAGUUCAUUUUAUCUACCCUUCCCCUUGGGCAAAAACUAUGUGGUCUUAAAAAAAAAAUAGUGCUCAGUUCCAGGUAAAACAAAGUUUAAAGUUCUUCCUAUGAUUUAUAACAAUUAAGACAGAAUAACAUAUUAUAGAAAUGAAAAUCUAAUACGUACAUUAUUCUCCUAAAUUAAUUACAGCUUAUUCUAAUAAAUGGACUUUUUUUAAAGACUAAUUUGACUGAAUGAAGACAACCAGAAAAAAAAAGUUAAUAAAAAGUCAGGAAAGAAACCAUAAGGAAAAUAAAAUAACAAUUCCCAUUAUCUCAAGUUUACAUACCCUGCCUGAAUGAAAAACAAAAACAGAAACAAAAA